AUGUAUUUUCGAUAUUUGACAGUCUGAACCUUUCUUUCAAAAGAAUCCGCAGAGUUUUUUAUUAGAAUUAAGAAUGCUCUUGACGCAUCAGAAGGAAAAGCAGUCCCAGAAAAUAUAAUUUUGUACGAGAAUGAUAGAAAAAAACCUACAAGAUUAAGUGUGGAAAAUAAAGAGUCAGGAAAUAUGAUUUUUUUUCAAGUUGUUCCAGGGCAGAGCAAAAUUACAAAAGGAAACGUUCUUUAUAAUUGCGAAUCUUUGCAGCAAUAA